ACAGAGGUCGUCGCUAGGAGACGCUCUAUAUACAUUCUAACCUGAGCUGCCUCUGGUCAGAAUGGUUGGGAGCUUUGACGGAGGCGGUUGGUAGUCAGCUGGCUCCGGCUCCGGACCCUCCCAAACACCUAUUUCGGAGUUCCUUCUAGCCUAAAUAGUCUGCCGUUCUGUAGUGCAGAGGACCAAAAUCCCAGCCCUGCCAUUUACUGUGGGACCUUGGGGCUGCUCUCGAACCAACCGAGGGACGGCUGUCUCUCCCUGCCCACGUGCAGGCCUUCCCGCCCGCCGUGCUGUUAUUGUUGUACUCUCCUGCUUUAGAGUACGGCCUAUCUAAUAUGGAGGCCAUGAAGAGUCUACUGCUAGACAGAGCUCUUGCUGUCCCUGAUUUGGGGUAGAGACGACUCAUCCCUUCCAUCUGUAUGGAAACGGAUCGCAGCUCUGCUGCUCACUAUGAUGUGUCAACUUCCGGAUCCCAGUCAUCAGAGAAUCCAGGCUCAAUCCCAUCUCGAGCGACCACGGGAGAAACAGAUAAAAGCUAUGCCGCUCAUCAUUUGGUGCCAGCCUCUGAACCGUGGACCGUGGAGAAGCCAAAACCACCUUUGCCUCAGUCGCCCACAGCAGAAACAGAGAGAAGGUAUGCCGCUCACCUUCUGGUACCAACCUCUGAUCCCUGGUCACUGGCGGAGAAGCCAAAAUCACUCCCAUCUCAGCCAUCCGCAGUAGAACCGGAUAGCAGCUAUGGUGCUCACUCUUCUCUGCUAACUUCUGAGCCCUGGUCAUCAGUGGAAAAUCUGAUAUUUCCAUCUCAGGCAUCCACUACAGAAACAGAUAGCAGCUAUCUUGAUCACCUUGCUAUGCCGCCUUAUGAGUUAUGGUCACCGGUGGACAAGCUAAUGCCACUCUCAUUUCACUUGUCUCCUGUGGAAAAAUUUAACAGCCACACUACUACGUACAAUAGCAACCUUACUUCUUCUGGUUUUGACGUACCCUCAGUGGUGUCCAAGACACCAUUGGAGAAGUCGCUGCCUCUCUCACCUUAUCAGCUUGAAUCGUAUAACAACUUUGCCACAUGUACCAUCAGUCCUCCCUCUUCGAGCUUUGCUAUGUCCAGCUCUGAGCCUCAGGCAUCAGAAAAGAACCUGAUAUCGCCACCAUCUCGUUCAUCUACUAGAAGCAAGUCUAGUAGUCAUACCAUCCAUAACAUCAGCCCUGCCUCGCCUGGCGUAAUCUUGCCUGCCUCUGAGUCUCAGCCAUCCAGAAAGAAUCUUAUAUCACCACCGUUCCAUUUAUCCACCAGAAGAAAGUCGACCGACUAUACCACCCGUACCAUCAGCCCUGCCUGUGCACGUCAAUCAUCAUCAAAGCACCUAACUCCACCUCUGUCUCCCUUUUGCAGCACAGAAACAGCUAGCAGUUAUGCCACCGGUAACAUCGGCCCUUCCCUUCCAGGCCCAGCCCAUAACAUUGGUACAAAAGGGCAGGGAAGAGGCAACCUCAGGGGUUUGAGUGGCCCCCUGGCAGCACAGGAGACCCAGGCCCAGAGCUCCUGCAAGAAAGAUUCACCUCUCUGCUUCAUGAUUAAGACCGGAGUGAUUGGAGCCAGCACAAGCCAAAGAGGCAACAAAGUGAAAAAGUUGCCAGAAUUUCCUGGCUCUAAAAUGCGGAACCCCAGAGGAGAAUCUGAGUCAGAGGCAAGGGCAUAUGGCAAACAACAGAGCCAGAAACCAGCUAAGUCGGCAAUGGAAGAAACGGUUAAAAAAGCAGAGAGGUAUUCUAAAGAGGGAGCAAAAAGGAGCGGCACCUUGAAAACAUCUACUGAAAAGGCCACCGAAAGGAAAGUACCUGUGAUUGAUUGGGAUGCAAUUAGACAAAGCCACCUGCAAUACAUUAAAAAUAAGUGGGGAAGCCUACCACCUGUCAAAAAAGAUUUUUAUGUUGAAUCAGCGAGAACAAAAUCAAUGUUACAAUCAGAAGCAGACAGGUGGCGCAAAGAAAACAAUAAUGUAACUUGUGAUGAUUUAAAAACCAAUGAAAAAAGAUCUAUUCCGCACCCUGUCUGCCAAUUCGAAGAUGCAUUUCAUCAAUAUCCGGAAGUUAUGGAAAAUAUCAGGAAGGUAGGUUUCAGCAAACCCACGCCAAUACAAUCACAGGCAUGGCCAAUCAUAUUGAAAGGUAUUGACCUAAUCAGUAUUGCCCAAACAGGUACUGGGAAAACAUUAGCGUACCUGAUGCCAGGCUUUAUUCAUCUUGACCACCAGCCAGUAGCCAGGGAGGAGAGGAGGGGGCCUGGUAUGCUAGUGCUCACACCAACCAGAGAAUUAGCGAUUCAAGUUGACAAUGAAUGUAAGAAAUACACUUAUAAGGGAAUUAAAAGCAUGUGUAUAUAUGGGGGAGACAAAAGUGGUCCAACUGAGCAUAUUCCCAGGGGUAUAGAUAUUAUCAUUGCCACCCCAGGCCGACUUAGCGACCUGCAGAUGAACGACCUCGUCAAUCUUAAUAGUAUUACAUACGUGGUUCUAGAUGAGGCUGAUAAGAUGUUGGAUAUGGGGUUUGAGCCUCAAAUAAUGAAAAUUUUAUCAGAUAUACGGCCAGAUAGGCAAACGGUAAUGACCAGCGCUACCUGGCCCGAUAUUGUCCGUCAUUUGUCACAAAAAUACCUAAAAGAUCCAAUGAUAGUUUAUGUUGGCACCUUGGAUCUAACCACCGUGAACACCAUAAAACAGAAAAUCAUCGUAACCACUGAAGAAGAAAAACGAGUUUUGCUACGUUCUUUCAUCGAUUCGUUGAUGCCUGAACAUAAAGUAAUUAUUUUUGUGAGCAGAAAACUUAUUGCUGAUGAUAUAUCCAGUGACCUGAGCAUUAAGGGCAUACCUGUGCAGUCACUCCAUGGUAGUCGAGAACAAGAUGACCGAGACCAAGCAUUAGAGGAAUUUAAAAAAGGAAUAGUGAAAAUAUUAAUAGCUACAGAUCUGGCAUCACGAGGUAUCGACGUCCUCGAUGUCACUCAUGUUUUUAACUUUGAUUUUCCUCAAAACAUUGAAGAAUACAUCCAUAGAAUUGGACGUACGGGACGAGCUGGACAAAGUGGGUCAUCGAUCACUUUACUCACCAAAGGCGACUGGAGCGUUGCGGGGGAGCUAAUUAACAUCUUACAGCGGGCCAACCAAGAGGUCCCCCGUGAGCUUGCAUCAAUGGCUAGGCAAUAUAAGCAGUACAAACACAGAAAGAACGAGGAAAAGAAGUUAAGAUAUUAUAGCAGGCCAAGAUAAUGUAGAUCACUUUAAGAUGUCUUUAUACUCCUCUUUAAUGUUUAAAAAAGUGUUUUAAAGAAUCCUCCUGAAUUGUUUUCAUCUGGUAAUCAGAAAACCCUAAAAUUGUGUGGGGAUGUGAUUAAGAGUGUGGGGAAAGGAAAGAAAAAAAAAUGUACCUGGCAUUCCAGUGCUCUAGUAUAUGUGGGAGUGGGAAGAGUCUGUUCUCCCAGGUGGUCAAGGUGAGUUUGAGCUCAUGUCUCCAUACCGAGUGACCGCACAGGAAAGUGGCUGAACUAAAAAUACAAUAAUGCAAUAGGUAAUAUAGAUUCCUUCGAUAAGAAGAGUAGAACAUAAAGCAGGCUAUCCAAUCAAAUGCACACAGGUCCUCUGGGAAUUGAAAAAGAUAAAAUCCAUUUCUGAUUUCUAUAAAUCAGUUAAGGGCAGUUUGCUCCAGUGGACAAGAAAUGAACAUCUUUUCUACUUUUGUAUUGACAGCCCACUUUCUAGACUACACUGAUAUGAUUUAAUGCAGCGGUUCUCAACCUCUCAAUUUGUGGCCAUGAGAAUACAUAAUGCAUAUCAGAUAUUUACAUUCUGAAUCAUAACUGUAGCAAAAUUACAGUUUUGAAGUAGCCACCAAAAGAAUUUUUUGGUUUGGGGUCACUGCAACAUGAGGAACUGUAUUGCGGGGUCACGGCAUUAGAGAGGUUGAGAACCACUGAUUUAAUGGCAUGAAAGCUUGCAAUAACAAAAA